UCGGUUGUGUCAACCGCGACCUUCAUUCAACCUUUUGACGUCUUACUCUGGCUCAAAAUUCUGCUUCUAGUCGUUCCGUUUGUUCAAACUGUGUGUGCACGCCUUCCAGUAAAGGUCGAAAAGAAGCCGAAUUUGCUCGUGUUUUUUGGUGAAUUUUAAAAUUUCAAACAAAUCAACAUGACUACUUAUUUCAACUACCCACCAAAGGACGUCCAGGAGGAGCUGGCCCGCAUCGCCAAGGCCAUCGUUGCUCCAGGCAAGGGUAUUUUGGCUGCUGAUGAGUCGACCGCCACCUGCGGCAAGCGUUUCGCUGAUAUCGGUGUCGAGAACAACGAGGACAACCGUCGCCAGUACCGCCAGCUGCUGUUUACGGCCGAGAAUCGUAUCUCGGAGAACGUCUCCGGUGUCAUCCUGUUCCACGAGACGCUCUACCAGAAGGCCGAUGACGGUACCCCGCUGGUUGACCUGCUGAAGAAGAAGGGCAUCCUGGCCGGUAUCAAAGUCGACAAGGGUGUCGUUGAUCUGUACGGCUCGGAAGGCGAAUGUACCACUCAGGGCUUGGAUGAUUUGGGUGCACGCUGUGCCCAGUACAAGAAGGACGGUUGUGACUUCGCCAAGUGGCGUUGCGUGUUGAAAAUUGGCAAGAACACCCCAAGCUACCAAUCGAUCCUGGAGAAUGCCAACGUUCUCGCUCGCUACGCCUCGAUCUGUCAGUCGCAGCGCAUUGUCCCGAUUGUUGAGCCUGAGAUCCUCCCUGACGGUGAUCACGAUCUGAUUCGUUGCCAGAAGGUUACCGAAACCGUUCUGGCCGCCGUGUACAAGGCACUGAACGAUCACCAUGUCUUCUUGGAGGGUACACUGCUGAAGCCAAACAUGGUGACAGCCGGUCAGAGCUGCCCGAACAAACCAUCGGCUCAGGAAAUCGCUUUGUCUACCGUGCUGGCUCUGCGUCGUACCGUUCCGGCUGCCGUUCCCGGAGUUACCUUCCUGUCCGGUGGUCAGUCCGAGGAGGAAGCUUCCGUCAAUCUGAACGCCAUCAACCAGGUGCCGCUGUUGAGACCGUGGGCCCUGACCUUCUCGUACGGACGUGCCCUGCAGGCCUCGGUACUGCGUGCCUGGGGUGGCAAGAAGGAGAACAUCAAGGCCGCUCAGGAUGAGCUCAUCAAGCGCGCUAAGGCAAACGGAUUGGCAUGUCAAGCAAAAUACGUCGCCGGAUCGAUUCCUUCCUACGCUGCCAACGCCAGUCUGUUUGUGAAAGCACAUGCCUAUUAAAAGAUGCAGCACAGCAGCAACAGCAGGAACACCGGUAGCAGCAACUGAACAACUGUCAAACUAGUUAAUACUUAAAACGACACUGUCUGUAUGAAAAGUAAACAUUAUCCACAAAUGGCGGUGACAGCGUUGGCAACAACAAAAGACUUGUGGAUCGAGCAUUCUAAAUGCGCUUUCACUUCCACUAACAAACACACAUGGCAGACCUACACACCCACAUAUAUGUUUAUUUACCUUCGUUCUAAACACAACACGUGCACUGACCGUUCCGGAAUUACAACCUGGACCCGGUGACCAGCCGGCAGAAAAAUAACAACGUGGUCUACUACCGGACUUUUAUUUUUAUUUUUGAAUCAGACCUAGACAUUGGCACAGAAAAUUACGGUGUUUAGUUUGUAGUGAUAGAAAGUUAACCUUCAAAUCGUUUUUGUCUAAGGAGGCUGAAGCAAUCCCGGCUAAAAGUGGCGCGUCGUCUGGGAAACGAAUUUGGCAUCGGUACAGCAAAACUGCACUUGGCACCACAAACGGUUGGCUCAGAACCAAACGCGGAUACUUGUGUUGUCGCAUCCACUUUCUAAGGGAACUAUUGCUUCAGGUUUCUGGUGUAAAUGUGUUUUAAAUUUGUGGUAGAGUUGUUCAAAAUUCAAAUGUUAUCUUUUUCUUUUAAAUUUUGCUAGACUGUUAAUUCGAGUGAGCUUGUUUUAAUAAAAAUUAUUGGCUUCGUAAAAAAAAUACAUUAUAAUUGGCUGACUG